CUAACCCAAGCAUGAGCACGAAAGCCGAGCUCGUGGGGCGGUGACAUCGCUACAAGGCAGCGACCGACGACUUCCAAGGAUACGCUCGCCGUCACGACAAAAGAUGCGGCGUUUCCUUCCAACUUUGAGCGCGCGCUGGUGGCUGAGUCCGUAUCUGCCCGGCCAAAUCCUCCUCACGAGCGCGUGCUUCUACGGUCGUCACACUGGCGACCUGCUGCUCUUCGACGCCGGUCACGACCGGCUUGCACUACACGUGUACAAUGCUCUUCGCGCCGGUGGCUACAUGGUGCCCAUGGAAGGGCUUGACCGGGCGCUUGAUUUUGUGGCCAAGUGCAAGUGCUUGUGGCCGACGGGUAUCCCAACAGCAGCACAUGGGUCGUUCGUCACGUCCUACGAUCUCUCGUGCGGCUCCGCCAUCCGCGACGUGGCCACUGCAGCCAUGAAGACGUUGCCCGACCAUGUGUCCGAGGCGGUUGCAGCCUUCCAUGCCCACCACGAGAAGCGCGAUCGGCGCAGCAACCUUCAAAAGGCGCAAGGAAAACCCACGACGUCGACGCGCAAGCGUACGGCCAUGGCGCUCACUGAGCUCAGUUGCGCGUGGCAGUACAUGAUUGGCGCUGAGCCGCUGCCUUGGCGCAAAGGUUCGAGCCUACCCGACAUGGUGACGCUCCGACGUGUGGUCGACGACGAGUGGCACCGGUUUCUCCAUCUCGACUUGAUCGCGGUGGAUCGCAUCUUGAUCGACGCGACAGAUCCGCUCGAGGUCUAUCAGCAAGGCGCGCGGCUCCUUUUGGGGUGGUCCGAUUUCCGCGUCGAAAAUGCCGUACUCGAUGCCGUUGUGAAGGUCCUUGUCGCGGCCGAGACCAAGGGUCGCGACGCUGUUCUCAUGCCCAAAGCGCCAUAGAAGAGUAUAUAACCAUAGACUUCAAACGUAUACUUUGGCGGUGC